AUGGAAAUUACAUGGUUCACGGAGAGUAACGCUAAGAUUGUUUUCAAGCAGCUGAUAGGAAUAGUCGAGUCAUGUCAUGAUAGAGGUGUUAUGCAUCGAGAUAUCAAACUGGAAAAUAUUUUUUUGUUCACGGAAGAAAAUGAUCAAUGUCCAGAUAUUAGGUUAGGGAACUUUGGUUUUGCGACAUAUAUUAAACCGGCUGAAAAGCUGCAUAAGGCUUGUGGGAGUUUAUAUUACAUAGCUCCUGAAAUGCUGGAUCGGAAUCCUGUUUACGACCAGGCAGUGGAUGUAUGGAGUGCAGGUGUUGUUCUUUUUAGUUUUCUUAGUGGAAAUCCGUCGUUUGAUGGAGAGACCGAUUCACAUAUAAUAAAUAAUAUCAAGGAUGGUGCUUUUUGUUUCGAUGUUUUUGAAUGGGCCAAUAUAUCUGAGUUAGCUAAAGAUAUGAUCAGUGGAAUGCUCUAUAAAGAUCCUGCAAAGCGACUCACUGCAACUAAGGUAUUGAAUCACCCUUGGAUGAAGUAG